AUGUCCCAUUUAACGGGCGCGGAACGCUCCCGUGACAGCUGGUGGCCACACGGGAGACAGGAAAGCAUGGCCACGCUAGUGCUACCGCUGGUGUCUGCGGGCAACGUGCCGCAGCUGUGCGCCGACGUGCUGCUGCACUCGACGCCGGGUGAGUUCCGCUUCGUGCGGGAGCUGGACGGGCAGUGGCUACAUCCGUUCGUGGGCCCUCUGGACUACGUGGAGGGCCAGGAGAGCCUGCUGUACCGCGACGCGCCGGGGAAACGCGUGACGACGCCGCUGGAGCUGUUCUACUGCGAGCAGCGGCAGCUGUACUUGGUGCAGCAGCGGUCGCCGGUGGUCCAGGGGUACGAGAACGAGUUCUGCAAGGAGGUGCUGCUGCCGCUGCUGGAGGAGCUGGCGCCGCAGCGCGUGGUGGUGUUGGACUCGGUGGGGGAGUUCGAGACCGAGGUGCCGGUGCACACGGAGACGAUGGAGUCGCGGUUCUCGGUUGCCACAUGCAAUGUGACGUCGAUCAGCGACGUUGCCAAGGAGUUCGCGGAGGGGCUGCAGCUGGACGAGCAGAACGACCUGUCAGUCAACAGCACGCUGUUCAGCUUCAGGCAGGGGAGCUUCCAGCGGGGCAUCUCGACGGAGCAGUUCAUCUUCAAGUUCAGCUACCACCUGCUGCACUCGCCGCUGGCAAGAUCUGCGGAUUUCGCGGAGCUGUCAUAUGUAAGCAUAUUCAUCCACGAGGGAGACAACAACGAGGAUGCGCUGCUGCUGUGCACGGAGCUGCCGACGUUUGUGGAGGUCUUCCCCCGCCUGGAGACGCUGCGCACGCCAAUCUCGUGGAAGGGCGUGUACGGGUCAAGAAGGAUUCCAGAUGGAUACGAUGAGGGCCUAUAUAUUUAA